AUGAAGGCUAAGGCAAAAGCAAAGGGCCAGAGCCAGGCUGACCAGGAGGACCCAUCGCAAAGCUAUGACGGCUGGAAGAAGUGCGGUUUGUGUAGAAAGUGGCUUGCGCAGGACGCUUUCAACCAAGAUCAAUGCAAAUGCAAGGCUUGCAACAACGGCACAAGGCAGUUCAACAGGUUGUGCGAGAAGCAAGACUGCUGUGACAAGAUCAAGAAGCUGACUGCCAAGGACUGGCUUGCAGUGGUGAUUCAAUGGUUCGGGCAGCGGGAGAAGAACCGGCUUCUGAGCGUUGGUGAGAAAAUCCAGUUUAACGUCAUGGACUUCAUUGUGAGGCUGAAGAAGUCCGAGGGCACCAGAUAUGCCCGGAUUGCGGAAAUGAUGUGGGAAAUUGAGUACAUUGAAUGGGCCACAAAAACGGCCAGGGGAGGAUAUCUCAGCAAGGAAGAGGCCGGCGCCAAUUGGGAUAGGUGGAAGGCUGAUGUGACGCACACCCGCGACCACAAAGGACCUCGCGGAUUCCUGCGGCUGAAGGUGACGGGGUCUGCAGAGUCUGCAUUCGUGAAUGUCACUGACCGGGUCGAGGAGUACAACGACUUCUCGAAAGAGAGGGAAGUGGAGAAACGUGAGAAAAUUGGCAAAAAAGCGGCCCAGAAUGCGCAGGUCAUGGGCGACCGGUUGAAGCUUGUGUUUGCCGGGUCUGCUGGCGGGGACUCCAUGAACUUGGUGGCGGGACAGUCAGAGGAGAGCUUGAAGAGAUCCUAUGACCGAAUUGCAGCCUUUGGAUUGGACGCGGAUGAGGCGGCUGACAUUGUUCAGCUGGAUCCUGAGGAGUGCCUAGAUUGUAGACAGUUUCAGCAUCCGUUUCUUGCGGUAGGCAGUGCGGCAAAGCCAGGGGAAAGCGAGGAGGAGGAAUCCUCAUCCGGAAAGGCUUCUGAGGAGGGCCAGAGCCAAGAGACUCCGAAGCCACAGCCGCGACCGGAGACAUGGAUGGACGAGACGAAGAUCACGGCUGCGGAACGAGCCUGGAGUGAGACCAUCUCGAGCCUUGAGACGGUCAUGCACAAAGUCAUUGAGGAUGCCAAGGCCACCUUACAGGAAUUCCGCAACAGCACGGACAAGAGCAGGUACCAGAAGGAGAUGGCCAUCUUGGACAAGCGAAUGUCUUGGGCAGCUGCUGUGGUGGAUGGGUCCAUCCAGAACAAGAUCAAUGAGCAAAAGGCGCUCCAAGGCAAGUCCCAAGCAGCUGGGGCUGGAGCUGUGACCACCACAAGUGAUAUGUCUGCCCUUACGCGAGCAGCUCCGUGUGCAACAUGGGAGGACCUCAAAUCGCUCGCGGCUUUGCGUUUGGAUGGCGGCAAGUACAGAGCCUGUGCUGACCCUGUUGCUUGUUGUUUUUUGCAGCGCUUCAAGAUUGAAACUGCCAAUCGAGAUGACCUGAAGGCAGUGACCGAAAAGCUCAAAGAGCAAAAGAGAGUGCAAAUGGUGCUCAUCCAAGCUACGAAAGCAGCCCAGUCAGAUCUAACCAAUGCGCGCAAGAGAUUCGAAGCGAAUCAGAAGCGGGAAGCAGAGAAGCAGAAGAAAGAAGAGGAAAAGAAAGCAAAGCAAGAAAAGGAUUCCAAAGCCAAACGCCCCAAAGUCAAAGCGAAAAGUGUGCACGCGGUCUUGAAUCCUGAGCUGAUGUCCGUGUUGCCAGAGCUCCCCAGGUACGCGGCUGAUGCAGGCUUUGACUGGGCCACUAGUGCUCAUGAGCUCUUGCAUUUGCCAUGGGUCCAGCGUGCCGGCUUAGGCAGCAUGAACCAGUUUGCGGAUUUGAACGAGUUGUUGCAAGAGUUUGCGCAAGCUUUCAAGCAGUCUGCUUUGCGCGUGACGGACUUGCAGUCUGCUUACAGCAAGACGUUUCCUUCGACACCUUUGGUUAUGGGAGAGGCUGCAAAGAAGUUGUUGCGGCCUGCCUUGUUCGCUAUUGCGCAGAAUCACUGCAGCAUUGCGAAAUUUGAGCCGGGCUUGCUAGGAAGCUUGAGGUACCAUCAUGCCGGAAGCUACUUGGCUUCGAUUUGGGUGCCAAAGGACGAUGAAGGUGAGCCGCCGAAGGACUUCUUCAAGGAUGUGACAGACAGUGUGAGCAAGGCAACGCCGGACGAUGUCAAGGAAAUGGGAAAAGCGAAGCUGUUCUUCAUGGGCACCGUCUCUGAGGGGGACCUGCUCUACAUACCACCCGGAGCUCUGGUUUCUGUUCAGGUCGGCGGCCAGGGUGAUACGUUUGGCAUCCGCAUCCCGCUGUUGCAUGUGCAGUCUCAAGAACGCACCCAGAGUGUGGCUUUCUUAUUGCGCGAAUCCGAGAACCAGCCCAGAGUGCAGAUGGGUGAGAUCUUGCAGCCGGUUUCGACGGCCCUGAAGACCUUGAAGGAAGAGCUUGACAAGAAGGACAAAGCGGAGGAACUCGAAGCGAAGGAAGGAAAGGAACAGGAGCAGGAAAAAGAGGCAGAAGAAGCCAGGUUGAGGAAGGAGAAAGAAGACCAGGAAGGCAUGCAGCCAAAGAAGGCAGCAGAGGAAAAGGAGGUGGAAGAAGCCAGGUUGAGGAAGGAAAAGGAAAAAGAAGAGGAGGAAGCCAUGCAGGCAAAGAAGGCAGCAGAGGAAAAGGAAGCAGAAGAAGCCAGGUUGAGGAAGGAAAAGGAAGAGGAGGAACGCCUGCAGGCAAAGAAGGAAGCACAGGAAAAGGAGGUGGAAGAAGCCAGGUUGAGGAAGGAAAAGGAAGAGGAGGAAGCCAUGCAGGCAAAGAAGGCAGCACAGGAAAAGGAGGAGGAAGAAGCCAGGUUGAGGAAGGAAAAAGAAGAGAAGGAAGGCAUGCAGGCAAAGAAGGCAGCACAGGAAAAGGAGGAGGAAGAAGCCAGGUUGAGGAAGGAAAAAGAAGAGAAGGAAGGCAUGCAGGCAAAGAAGGCAGCAGAGGAAAUGGAGGCGGAAGAAGCCAGGUUGAGGAAGGAAAAAGAAGAGAAGGAAGGCAUGCAGGCAAAGAAGGCAGCACAGGAAAAGGAGGAGGAAGAAGCCAGGUUGAGGAAGGAAAAAGAAGAGAAGGAAGGCAUGCAGGCAAAGAAGGCAACAGAGGAAAAGGAGGCGGAAGAAGCCAGGUUGAGGAAGGAAAAAGAAGAGAAGGAGCGCAUGCAGGCAAAGAAGGCAGCAGAGGAAAAGGAAGCGGAAGAAGCCAGGAUGAGGAAGGAAAAGGAAGAGGAGGAACGCAUGCAGGCAGCGAAGGCAGCACAGGAAAAGGAGGUGGAAGAAGCGAGGAAGAGGAAGGAACAGGAAGAGGAGGAACGCAUGCAGGCAGCGAAGGCAGCACAGGAAAAGGAGGUGGAAGAAGCCAGGUUGAGGAAGGAAAAAGAAGAGGAGGAACGCAUGCAGGCAGCGAAGGCAGCAGAGGAAAAGUGUGCAGAGGAAGCCAGGAAGAGGAAGCAAAAGGAAGAGGAGGAACGCAUGGACGCAGCGAAGGCAGCAGAGGAAAAGGAGGCGGAAGAAGCCAGGUUGAGGAAGGAAAAGGAAGCAAAGGAAUCCAAGCAGGGGAAAGACAAGGAGGAGGAUGCAAAGACGAAGAAGGAGGCCGCCAAGAAGGAGGAUGCAGCAUGCGUGCAGGCCGAGGCCAGCCAACCAAACAAAGCAACUCCCAGGUUGAAGCUCGAUGCGAAUCCGAAAGGGAAGCCGAAGGACAAGGAUAAGAAGAAGUAA